CUCUGUUUCUCAUUCACAUUCACACUCUAUAUGUAUACAUUUAACACAUUUCCCUAACUCCACACACACACACACACACUUAUUGACUUGUACAUAUACAUGGGAUGAAAUAUAUAUACAUCAAUCCCAUCAAAACCCACAUCAAAGAUUCAAAACCCAUAUCAAAGAUUCAAACUUUUUGAUCAUACAAGAAAUGGGUAGCUGUUUUUCAACCACCAAAAUCAGUGGUUCCAACAGUAGUGCACCAUCAACAACCACCACUGCUGCCACCGUGGUCCACCACCCACCCCACCCACGGUUAACCACCACAACUGGCACCACAUCAUCCACCACUAAUAAGCAUCAUCAUCAUGAUGGUGGAGGUGGGUCUAAUUUUAAGAAUCAGAAAAACCAACAUCAACAAAAUAAAAUGAAAAACAAAGGUGGUACUUCAAGGAGACAAAAUGGUGUGAUUUCAUGUGGAAAAAGAACAGAUUUUGGAUAUCUUAAAGAUUUUGAUCAAAGAUAUACAAUUGGGAAAUUGUUGGGUCAUGGUCAAUUUGGGUAUACUUAUGUUGCUACUGAUAAAGUCAAUGGCGAUCGUGUUGCUGUUAAGAAAAUUGACAAAAAUAAGAUGAUUCUUCCGGUUGCUGUUGAGGAUGUCAAACGAGAAGUCAGAAUAUUACGAGCCUUAAGUGGUCACGAGAAUGUGGUUCAGUUUCACAAUGCAUUUGAAGAUGAUUCUUACGUGUAUAUAGCUAUGGAGUUAUGUGAAGGCGGUGAAUUGCUGGACAGGAUAUUGUCAAAGAAAGACAGCCGUUACACGGAGAAAGAUGCUGCAAUAGUCGUAAGGCAAAUGCUUAAAGUUGCAGCUCAAUGUCAUUUACAUGGUUUGGUACAUCGUGACAUGAAACCAGAGAACUUUCUGUUCAAGUCACCUAAAGAGGAUUCACACUUGAAGGCUACAGAUUUUGGGUUGUCAGACUUUAUAAGACCGGGGAAGAAAUUUACAGAUAUUGUUGGUAGUGCAUACUAUGUAGCUCCUGAAGUUUUAAAACGUAAAUCAGGUCCUGAGUCUGAUGUAUGGAGUAUAGGUGUAAUCACAUACAUUUUACUUUGCGGGCGCCGACCCUUUUGGGAUAAAACUGAGGAUGGCAUUUUUAAAGAGGUAUUAAGAAACAAGCCUGAUUUUCGGCGUAAACCAUGGCCAAGUAUUACACCCAGUGCCAGAGAUUUUGUGAAAAAGUUGCUCGUCAAAGAUCCUCGUGCAAGGCUUACUGCUGCUCAGGCACUGUCACACCCAUGGGUUAGAGAAGGUGGAAAUGCUUCAGAGAUUCCUCUUGACAUUUCUGUUCUAUCAAACAUGCGCCAGUUCGUGAGAUACAGUCGCCUGAAGCAGUUUGCUCUACGGGCAUUGGCUAGCACUCUUGAUGAAGAGGAGCUGUCUGAUCUAAAAGAUCAAUUCCAUGCAAUUGAUAUAGAUAAAAGUGGUGCAAUCAGUCUUGAGGAAAUGAGACAGGCCCUCGCUAAAGAUCUCCCAUGGAAGAUGAAAGAAUCACGUGUUUUGGAGAUUUUAGAAGCAAUUGACAGCAACACGGAUGGGCUUGUGGAUUUUACAGAGUUUGUAGCAGCUACCCUCCAUGUUCAUCAAUUAGAGGAACAUAACUCUGUAAAAUGGCAACAAUUAUCACAAGCUGCUUUUGAAAAGUUCGAUGUAGAUAGAGAUGGAUACAUAACUCCAGAAGAACUUAAAAUGCAUACGGGUUUGCGAGGUUCAAUAGAUCCAAUUCUAGAGGAGGCUGAUAUGGACAAAGAUGGGAAGAUUAGCUUGCCAGAAUUCCGUAGACUCUUAAGAACUGCAAGCAACAUCUCUAGCCCGACUGCACGUAAAGGCUUACCUAAACUAUAGAUGAAGACCAAAAAAGAAACAGAAAUAAUGAGAGUUAAUGUUUUCAAGUGUGACUUGGUUUUCUUUUUGAGUGAAGAAACUUGCAAUCAUAUCCACCAAGAUCUCAAAGCUACAAUUUCCAUAAACCUCAACAUGAUUUUUCUUAUAACAAUGAGAAGAGAACGAAGUUGCUUCUCAAACCGAGGUUUAUUCAAGUACAUCUUAUGUAUGCAAGAACAUAGUUAAAUAAUAGCAAUAUUCAGUUUUCUGUGUGUCUAUAGUUGAUUAGUUUCCAUUAUUUUAGGUCCAGCAAGUAAGCAAUGCAAGUAAAUAUUUCUUUUC